AUGUCCCGAGUUCCACUGGGGAAAGUCCUCCUGAGGAAUGUCAUCCAGCACACAGAUGCUCAUAAUAAGAUUCAGGAAGAAUCAGAUAUAUGGAAAAUAAGAGAAUUGGAGAAACAGAUGGAAAAUGCUUACUGGGGAACCAAAAGGAAAAUGUUACCCAGUAGUUCAAGCCAGAUGCGUAGUGACGGUUUUGAUGAAGAAACUCAGAGAGACUUUUGGAGGCCAAAGAAUGAAAUUUCUGGAGCACUGGAAGAUAAUUUUCUUAAAGCUAAAUCUUGGAACAAGAAGUUAUAUGAUUAUGAAGCUGACAUGCCAGACAGAUGGGGUCACAGUGGUUAUAAAGAGUUAUAUCCUGAAGAAUUUGAAACAGACAGUAGUGAUCAGCAAGAUAUUACUAAUGGGAAAAAAACAUCUCCCCAGGUAAAAUCAUCUACCCAUGAAUCUCACAAGCACAAGAAGUCAAAGAAAUCCCACACAAAAAAGCAGAAAAAGAAGUCACACAAAAAACAGAAGAAAAGUAAAAGGGAAGCCAUAGAUAUAAUGGCAGAUUCCUCAAGUGAGUUCUCAGAAGAAACUGGAGCUUCUAGUACUAGGAAACAACCAAAUAAGCAUAAGAAAAAAUCCAGGAAAAAGUCUCUCAAAAAAUCUGCUUUAGUCUUAGAGGCAGAAAGUGACACUUCUCAGUCAGGAGAUUCUUCAUCUAGCAGUUCUGAGGAAAGUGAGGAAAGAGACAAAAAGAAAACCAAAAGGAAAAAGAGAGAUAAAAAAGUCCCUAUUCCUGUAGCAAACAAUGAGAUACAGGAGAGGACAAACAAAUGCACAAAUUGGAAAGUGGCUACAGAUGAAAGGUCUGCUGAGAGCUCAGAGGAUGAUUAA